AAAAUGACGUGUGAACUAAAAAUAUGACUCAGAAAGUAGAGCAAUUAGGAACAUUUGUGAAAUUAUUUUUUUUGUAUCCUGUGUGUAUAACAACAUCAACACUAAAAACUAAUAGGUAGUGCCUAAUAGUUAUUAAUGUAAUCAUGGACAAGGUUUGUUAAGUCAUACAAAUAGUAUCAAUAGAAAAGUUUAUUGAGAUCUUUAUCUACAAUGUCCCGUCUUGAUAAUAUGGAUGCUUUAGAAAAGCAAUUAGCUGAACUCCAAAUGGCAAAGGACCAGAAUUCACCCGGAAAAGUGAAAAAGAUACCACCAGCUGUGCCACCCAAGAAGAAGGCUCAACCGCAAGUUCCUCGUAGCGCUGCCGUCAACACUUUACGUGAGCCAUCUUAUUCUUCUAAGAUAUCUCCUAUACAAAACAACGUAAUACCGCCGCCACCACCGCCUCCGCCGACGUAUAGUAACGUACCACAGCAUCCCAGUAAUACUCAUCCAAUGCAUAAGGAUUAUGCAAAGGUGACACAACUGUCACUUCACAGCCACCCGUUCAUGCAAAACUCAUUGAUGCCUUCGAAAGGAUACGCCACCAUGUACAGUAAUGUGUUACCGCAAUAUCAGUACAGUAACCCACCCCCACCACCUCCUCCUCCCCUAAAUAUAACACCACCAAAGUCAUUUGAUUCAAACCAUAAUAAUGAAGAAUAUAUACCGCCACCCUCACCAGUAAGCUCCAAUUAUAGUGAAUUAAUGAGAGCAACUUCAAACUUUAACCAGGAUAGACAGUCAUAUCCUGCCAUAUAUCAAAACGAAUAUCCUGAAUACGGAGUAUCACAAGCUUCAACAUAUGAAUCAAUUUAUGAGCCUAUAAAUCCAAACCCAACCAUAAAUGUGGGACACUCCAAUAACAAUCAAAGUUAUAAAAGUAACCUGAUACAUGCAGGAAAAUCUCCACUGCCCAAGGAAGAAGAGGUUGAUGCACUUACUAACAUGCUUGUUCAGUCCAUAAGUGAUAGUCAGGAUAUAGAUGUUUUUGGUACAUGUGUAAUAUGUGACCAAAGAGUUGUAGGGGAGAGUUCUGGGUGCACUGCUAUGGGUAAUGUGUACCAUGUCAAAUGUUUCUGUUGCCAUCGCUGCAAUAUGAACUUACAAGGCAAACCAUUUUAUGCAGUGGAAGGAUAUCCUUAUUGUGAAGUUGAUUAUUAUGAAACUUUAGAAAAGUGUUCAGUCUGCAAUGACCCCAUAUUAGAUAGGAUUUUGAGAGCUACAGGCAAACCCUAUCACCCUACUUGUUUUUCCUGUGUUGUUUGUGGUAAAAGUCUUGAUGGUGUACCAUUUACAGUUGAUGCAAUGAAUCAAAUCCACUGUAUUGAAGAUUUCCAUAAAAAGUUUGCUCCACGCUGUUGUGUAUGUGAGCUACCAAUAAUGCCUGAAGAAGGAGAAGAGGAAACUGUAAGGGUGGUUGCUUUAGACCGCAGCUUCCAUGUACGUUGCUAUAAAUGUGAAGAUUGUGGCCUUGUAUUGUCAUCAGAAGCUCAAGGUCGUGGUUGUUACCCACUUGAUGAUCACAUUCUGUGUAAAGCCUGCAAUGCUCAUCGCAUUCGUCUUCUCACUAAUGUGAUGACAACUGACCUAUAAAUUUACAAUAUCUUCACCUUGAAUAGGAUAUUUUUAAGUUAUUCUAUAUGACAUUAUAAAAUAUCAUAUUCAUUUACGAGUUCUGCCAUUAUAAUAUUUUAUUAGUAAUGUCUAAGUAUCAGUACUGUAUUUAUCACUAGUGUGU